AUGAAUCCUAAUUUUCCAAAUUUACUACAUUUUCUUGAUUCAUCAUCAUCCUCUUCAGAUGAUGACAAUUUGGAAAUGAUCAAUAGUCUUGAUGAAGAAGAACAAGCGAUACAUCUUGCUAUUGCUAAUAACAAUGCAAUCAUUCAAUACCUUCUUAGCCAACAAAACAACCAAGUGAUCCAUGGUGGUUCAGUUCCUGGACGCUCUUUCAUACACCGUGAUCGAGAAAGCGCACAUUGUAGAUUAUUUAACGACUACUUCUCAGACAGUCCACAUUACAAUGAUGCUAUGUUUCGCAGGAGAUAUCAAAUGUCUCGCCCCUUGUUUCUUCGUAUCGUCAAUGCUGUUGAAAGUCAUGACAAGUACUUCAAACAACGAAAAGAUUCAACCGGUAGACUUGGAUUAUCCUCCCUACAAAAAGAAACAGCCGUGUUUCGCAUGCUAGCAUACGGUGUACCAGCAGAUGCCACAGACGAGUACAUUAAGAUAGGCGAAUCAACGACAAUUGAAAGUAUGAAGAGAUUUUGUCGAGCCGUAGUGGAAAUAUCCUCAGCUCAAUACCUGCAUUCACCAACACCUGAUGAUGUUUCUAGGCUUCUUUACAUUGGUGAAAAACGAGGUUUUCCAGGAAUGCUAGGUAUUGCUCCUCCUGCUCGUUAUAUCAUUCAAGGAAAAGAAUAUGAUAUGGGCUAUUAUUUGGCUGAUGGUAUAUAUCCAAAAUGGUCGACUAUUGUGCAAACUAUUCAUGAGCCAGUGAGUUCCAAAAAAAAAUAUUUUGCUACACAACAAGAAGCUUGCAGGAAAGAUGUGGAACGGGCAUUUGGAGUUCUUCAAUCACGUUUUGCAAUUGUGAAAGGGCCAGCUCGUUUUUGGGAUAAGAAUGUGAUACAUGACAUAAUGACUACUUGUAUAAUUCUAUAUAAUAUGAUAAUUGAAGAUGAGCGUGAUCUCAAUGCACCAAUUGAAGUAAGAAGAGAAGUCCCACCUCCGGAGGUUGAAAUAGAAGCGAAUGAAAGUAUCCGGUUCCAAGAAUUUUUGGCUCGAUAUAGAAAAAUCAAGGAUAAAGAAACUCAUUUCUCUCUUCGAAAUGCAUUAAUUGAUCAUUUAUGGGAAAAAUAUUUGUCCUCUAAUACAUGA